UGCAGCCCAGCAAAGACCUCACUGUCACCAAAGUGACUGCACUGUCUUCUCUCCACCGCCAAGCUCGCAGCAGCAGAGACCAUGGAUAUUACCAUUCAACACCCCUGGUUCAAACGGGCUCUUGGACCUUUAAUUCCAAGCCGUUUGUUUGACCAGUUUUUCGGAGAAGGUCUUUUUGAAUAUGAUCUCCUGCCUUUGUUUUCCUCCACCAUCAGCCCGUACUACAGGCAAUCGCUCUUCCGCACUAUUCUGGAGUCAGGUGUUUCCGAGGUGAGAUCUGACCGGGACAAGUUCACAAUCUUUUUGGAUGUAAAACAUUUCUCCCCUGAAGAUAUGAGUGUGAAGGUCAUUGAAGACUUUGUGGAAAUCCAUGGCAAACACAAUGAGAGACAGGAUGACCAUGGGUACAUUUCCCGUGAAUUCCACCGGAGGUACCGCCUCCCUUCCAAUGUGGACCAAUCGGCCAUCACCUGCUCUCUGUCUGCUGACGGCAUGAUGACCUUCUCUGCUCCUAAGGUCCAGUCCAACACGGACCCCAGCCACAGUGAGAGACCCAUCCCUGUAUCCCGCGAAGAGAAGCCAACCUCGGCUCCUUCUUCUUAGGUUGAGCCCGCUGCUGCUGAAGCAUCCAGGCUGUCACCGCUUGCAGGCCUCAUUCACAGAGCCAUUACAUAGAUAUCAGUGAAUAUCUAGAAGGGUUUCUCUCUUUUUUUUCUUUUUUUUUUUCUUUUUUGGUUCUAAUUUUUCUCUUGGAUGGAAUGAGAGGCUGGGCGAGCAGCUGGAGGACUUUGAAGCUUAGCCGACAAAACACGUGUGAUGUCAGGACGACAUGAAAGACGAAGUGCGCUGCGGAGCUGACGUUCUUGCUGAAAUGGCCUCGGUGCUGUGCUAGAUUCGAUAACAUCUGGCAAAACCCAAAGACAGGGCCAGCCAGCCAGCCAGGGUUAACUCUCAAUGCAUCAAUGGUUAAUGUUAAGUUUGGUGCAGCCAAAAGCAACAGUAGAGGCUUGUUCUAUUCCUAAAGUAAUUAAGAGGCAGAAGCAAGUGAGAACUAUCUGAUUACUGUGAAGGCCGGGG